AAAAAAUCUGUUCCGUUCAACGUUCAACGUGCUUAGAAAUAAAUUCAUUUAUUUAGACCCAUUAGUUUACUUCAAUCCUCAAAAUGGAGUUGGAUAAUGCGUACAUGUGGAAAAAGAAGAAACGAUGCCAAGUUUUCCCUUGGAUGAAGGAUGUCCUAGAAAAAAUUUCAAAAUCCUUUCCUAAUAUUCACGAAUCAACUGCUUUACAGUUAUUGCAUGAAUGUAUAGAAAAAGAAUUCCAGAUUAUUUUUGCAAAUAAAGAGCAUGAAAGAGCUGGAAAUUUGUAUGUGUUGUUAAGCACUUUCUUCAUAAAUUUUUGCUGGAAAAUGAAAUGGAAAGAGAAUGAAAAAUAUUUGAACGACUUGGCCAUCAAACUGUUAUGUUAUUUAGUUUAUUUGGACAGUUAUCUUUAUAAAAGUGAUGGACAUUCUAGAAUCGAUAGAUUGUUAUUCAUAUUUAAAUUACUCCCUGAUACUUCCAUCAUAUAUGACUCUUUGCUUCUCAUUAAUAACUUAAAUGAUAAAGAAAGAGAAUUCUUUGGCUUGAUCCUACGCUAUGUGUUAUGCAGAGAGAGACUGCCUUCAAUUUCAGACCCAGUUGUAUACAUCAAAGUCCUUUUAUUGUUCAGAAGAUUAAAGCAAAUGAUUCAGAAGAAUCGAAGAGAAGCUGUGGUUUUCAUUGCAUCUGCGGUCACUCAACCACCUGACAUAACUUCAUGGUUAAUUUCUCUGUGUUUGGAAGAUGUCGAUAAUAUAAAAGAUUCCAACGUCGUUGAGCUUCUUUUCAACAAAAAUUUCAGUAGAAAUAACUUGCAGAUAUUACGAAAAGCUGUAUUAAGUGAAGAACAUUUAGCUUGGAUGGAAAAAUUACAAAAUAUUAAAACAAAUCUGUUGAGUUCAUCUAUCACUAACAUUCAAGCUGCAAAAGGCAGGAAAAUUUCUAAGAGCAAAGAUCAAAAUAAGAGAAGUGAAAAAAAGUGUAAAAAGGAUGUUAACAAAAAAGUUAAACCCAAAGGUAAAUCUUCAAAAAUGAAAAGCAAAACUGCUUCAGAUGAUCUUCCAAAAAGAAAAAGAAAAAAAGCUAAACUGCAUAAGAAAGAAAAGCUUUCCAAAAGUGACAAAAAAGAAAGUACACGUAAAACAAGAAAAAGCAGCAAAGCCAAACUAAUAAUGUUUUCAAACAAUAAAAUCAAAAAUGAAAUUUCUGAUUCUAGAAAGGAAACAGAAUCUGAUCGGUUUGAUCUUGAUCAAGACAAAGGAAAAAAACAGAUUGCCUCUGAUUGUGAAAAUGAAGACCAAAAUUCUAUGGAAUGUGACAGUAUGAAGAAGUUAGAACCAUCACUUUCAAAAGAAGAAUGUCAACUCAACCAAUGUACUGUCAUUAACAGCGAGCCAUCUUCUGCACUUAGCAAUGGUGUGGACAAACCAGAAUUGUCUACUUCGGAAGGCGUAUGUAAAUUGAACCUAUCUGUGCUUGAUAAUAAUAAACCUUCCUUUGUUGAGAGUGCUGAAACUGUGAAUUCCAUCAAUGAUAUUAAUGAAUCAGAGUUAUCCUCUUCAAAAGCUCCAUGCCAGUUAAAUCUAUCCACUGUGGAUAGUUUUGGCCAAUAUGAAAAUGAUCUUGGUAGCUCAUUAGAUGUAAUAAAUGAAACAGAAUUGCUCUGUCUUCAGGAAUCCUGUCAUUUUACCCAAGCUGUUACAAAUGAUAGAAGAAAUGAAUCUGAAAUGUCCAUAAAUAUGCCGACUAUUAUUUCUGAAUUGGAUGAUAGACAAAAUGAAUCUGUGACUGAAAUUCCUAAAAGUAUGCCAGUUCUAGUUCCAGAAUCACUUGAGAAUAAUGCAGAUGAUACUUCCUGUACUGUUGGCAUGGCAACAGUUGCUGAUUUAAUACAAUCUGAAGGAAAGGAUUGCCAAGCUGAUAAAUUAAUAAUGAAUUCCAAUGACUAUUUUACCACAGUUGAAAAUUACCUUUUAGAUGAAAGAAACUUUUGCGGUGUUUCAUGUUCUACAAAGGCAUCAGAAGCAGUACAAACAGUAGAAAAGCAGUUUGACGAAAAAAGUUGCCAAACUGAUGAGCUAAUAAUGAAUUCUGAUGAAUAUUUUAUGACAGCUGGAAAUAAUAUUUUGCAUAAAGAAAACCAAAUCAAUGCUUCAUGUUCUGCAAACAGUGAAAAUGCAUUGCCAAUCAGUGAGAAUGAACCUUAUAAUUCUAAUGCUGUGGAAAACAUCUUAUCACAAAUCAAAUUAAGUGAAAACUUCCAAAUGAAUGAAUGUUUGCCAGAAAUUGAAGAUUCCAAUUGUAUGAUACCUCCCAGCCAAGGUGUUUCCUACCGUCUGUUAAAUGGAACAGGUGGUCUGUAUUCAAACAAAGCUAUUCAUGAAAUUUUACUGCCUUCUGAAAUUGAAAGAAAUUCAAACUUAAGUACAAAUACUCAGUUUGAUGCUUCCCAAAAGCAUCUUGUUGAAAGUAAUAUUACCACCAUAAAGCAAAAAAAGAUACUUGGCAAGAUUAAUAAUGCCAUUAGCAGAAGCUCUCAGUCCAGUGAUACUGAUGUUACUGAAAUUCUUCCAAUAAUAAGCCGUGGCAAUAAAAAUCAGUCUACAAAUGAACUUCAUGUUGGUAGAAGAAUGUUAAAUUCUAAAACACAAAUUCUUGGGACUAAUACUGGUAUUCACUCGCAACACCCACUUUGUUUAAACAAAAGUAAUCACCCUUUGAAUCAUUCCACCCCUGCUGUAGAGGGAAAGAAAACGUAUGUUUCGCAAGAACAUUUUCAACAUUUAACACCUACUCCUGGUGUGUCCACUGAAGAUACUUCUUGUCUUACAUGUGAACUUACCAGCACAGAUUUUGAUCCAGAAUUAGUUCCUGGUCAUGACAAAAAGUCCUCUAGUUGUAAAAGAAAAAUUCCUCUCGACAAACGUAAACGCUGUUCUAAAAAAUCACACAGCAAACCUAAAAAUAACUCAAAGGAUAAAAAUAGCACUAUUAUAAAUCAUUAUAACAUUUCAAAAACACCCCUUACUAGCAUUGAUGACAUCAUUGCUGAUAUUAAUAAGCUUGAAAGUAAUAUUCAUGCAAGUCAAAGGUGCCUUCAAAGCAGUAGUUAUCGCUUCCAAAACGAAAAUAAAAUGUCCAAAACGAAUAAUUCUCACUCAUUUGCAGAACUAGAAGAAGAGUAUAAUUGUAGAAAAGAAAAUGGAUGUAAUGAAAGUACAAACAUUUCUCCCUCUGUUUCUGAUGAUGCAGGUCAUCUCAAUCAAAUGAUGCAUGCUCAUAAUAGACUAAUAAAUGUGUAUAAUAUAGUUUAUGUUGAUUCUGAUACAGGUAAAGACAUUGCUGCUUCCUCUAAUUUGUUAAUUGGAGGUAAUAUGAACACUAGUUCUGAUAAAGACUCCAGCAACAAGAACUUAUCAGGCAGUUCAGUCGAAAACAACGCAGAAGAAAAUAUAUUUUUGAUGAGAGAAAAUGCUAACAUGCCAAAUAUAGCAGAUGUUAUGUCGUCUACAUUUCAUCUGGAAAAUAAUAUUUCCAACUCUAAAAAUUUUACCUUUAAUCAAAAUCUACUUAAUGGUGCCCAUAAUAAAGAUAACUCAAAAAUUGUAUCACAUAGAUCAACUACCUUAUCCCAAGAUGCCAAUAGAAAAACUAAAUGCAAUUCUAAACCACAUAAUGUUUUUUUGAACAAUGUGGUUGCAAGAAAACUUAUAUUUCAACGAAACUCUCUCAAUAGUAACUGUCAAGAACAUGAUAGAGCAAAAGCCCAAGAGUCUUUUCGUAGUAAUCGGAAUUUUACCUAUUCGCCUGAAUUAAAAAUAAAGAUUCUAAAUACUUAUUCAACAAAAGAUUUUGUCAUACAUCCUGCGUCGCAGUUUCGAGUGAAUCUUGGUGAACGCCUUGCAGAAAGUGAAGUUUCAUCAUUCCAAAAAGAUAAAAUGGCUGUUUUAAAUCAGCGUCAAAAAGAUGCUUGUGUGGAUUUUCCAAUGCCUCCAAGACAGCCAACAAACAAGUUUUUUGAUGGUAUUACAUCGGAUCAUAGAAAGUCAUAUCCUAACCAGUCCGAAAUGAAUCAUGGAAUCGAUAAUGAAUCUUUUGAAGAAACUCGAGUAAAUAAUGGGAAUACACUGAACAAUCCAAAAAUUGGGGAAAGCAUCAUAUCCAAUCCAGAAAUAAUCAAAGAAACUGGAGAAAAUAAUGUCAACUGUGCUUCAAACAGCGCAAAUCAGACUGACUGCCCUCGUAUCAGUGCAGAUGGUUUUACAACUGAUGGCUCCGACUUUCAUAGUCCAGAUAGCUCUGAUUCAAGCAGUUCAUUGGAGUCGACUCACAGUGAAAAAUCUAAGAAAAACUCACAGCAAAACUUGGCACCAAGUGUAGGAGACUGGGGAAAAGCAUCCAUUUUAAAACCUUCUAAGUUUCACAUUUAUUCCUGUGAUAAUGAUUCUGACACAAGUAGCGAUGACUUCGUCUGUGCAAGAAAAAGACCUGCACCAGAGAAUGUAACUGAAAAAAGCAAAAUGCCUCUUAAGCGAAGAAAAAGAACCCUGUUUAAUGAAAACAAACAAUAUUUCUUACGGUCGAGAGAUUCAGUAUCAGCAACUAAAAAGGUUACAGAUGAAAUCUUGUGAAGGUUAAAAAAUCUUGCUUAAAUACUUGUAUAUUUUUGUAAUAAAACAAUGAUUGGCAAUCAA